UUUCUCCUCAAGUCUAAUUCAUUUCUGCGCUGGUAUCUGACACGCUGACAAUAAUUACAAGCAUCAGUGGAGCGCACAACUCCAAUAAAAAGGUCUGAGCUGAAUGAGCGGGCGUCUGGUCUGAUGUGUGAUAGCGGGACAAAGGGAGGAGCAGGAUAUUGACCUCUGAGACAAGAACGGGCCCUUUCUCCGGGCCUUUGUUUAUGAAUACUUGGUGAAUUUGGCCAAUGAGUCGCGGCUAUUUUAAGUCCGAAUGCAUUAUCUGCUCCAGAUGAAACUAAUAUCAGAGGCAUGAAUCAUCUGCGCUCCUGCGCCGAGCGUUAAAUGUGAGGCAGCAGAGUGAAACAAAACGCUCGUCUGAUUCACAUUUGUUACGUUUUAUGACGCGGCCUUAUUAAAAAGGGCGAAUAUAACCGAGCAUGGGCACGAUAAACACUCUGAAAGUCCACAAGAAACACAAUUUACAGUCGCAGCUGCGAACGAAGCAAAACACAGACUGAUUACUGACACCACCCAUCAGCAGAGUUCAGGAGGUCGUUCACGUGGGACUUCCAGCAUGGUUACUGUUUGCAUUCGUUAACAUGCUUAUUGCACAUGGUGGCGUCCAAACAGAGAGCCGUGGCCUCCAGCCUUUAAUUGCAGAGUAACGCAGGUGUGGCUGAUGAGCGGGACACAUUCACCAGCAGCUCCUCACAGCAGGUAAAGGGGGUCGAGGUUUCCUCUGAUGGAUUAUGCGAUGAAGUCUCUCAGCCUCCUGGCCCCAUCCACCCUCUCCAAGUGCGUCUCGGCGAGCGCCUCCAUGACCCAGCAGCUGCUGUCUGGUCGAGCCUCUCGGCCGAAGCCCUUCAGGGUGACAAACGCAGAGCGCAGCGUGAAGAAAGGCAUCAUGGCAGAGUCGCUGGAAGAGCUGAUGACUAAGGUGUGUGAGUCGUUGAGUUCCUCGUGUGUGAGUGUGCUGGUGCUGGAUGAAGACGGCACCGGGGUCGACACUGAGGGCUUCUUCCAGACCCUCCCUGACAACGCGGUCCUCAUGGUCCUGGAGGAGGGACAGAAGUGGACCCCUCACACUAACGGCCUCUCCAGAGACCAGCUCAUCCAGAGCAAGAAGCAGCAGCAGCGCACAGAUGUGGCCAAAGUGACCUUUGACCUUUAUAAGAACAACCCCAAAGAUUUCAUCGGCUGCUUGAAUGUGAGAGCCACCCUGUACGGAGCAUACACGAUGUCCUACGACCUGCGCUGCUACGCUGCCAAGAAAAUGCUCAAGGAGGCCCUGCGAUGGACCGUCUUCUCCAUGCAGGCCACAGGCCACAUCCUGCUGGGCUCCUCCUGCUACAUCGAGCAGCUGCUGGACGAGGACGAGCGGGUGGAGAGGAGCCUGGCGACGCCGCAGGAGAGCCGGAUCAGGCAGCUGCAGAGCAUGCUGCUGGGAAAGAUCUCCUACUGAUGACAGUAAACUGCUAAUGGACCGGACACGCCGUCCACUGCUGAGCUGGGGUCACAGCAACACUUGCUCUUAGUCUGUUCAUGUCAAUGCAAGCAAGUUAGUUCUCGUUAAGUUUUUUUUUUUCUUUUUUGUUUUUUUAGCCCUGUUACAGUUUUGUCAAUGUGUGUGUAGCCCAUCUAU